AUGUCUGUAAUUCUUAAAGAUCUUAAUGAUUAUAUUGCCCCUUCGCAAGCUUGUAUAAAGCCAGUUGAAGUCAAAAAAACCUCAAAGGACAACAACAAUGUGAUUAAACUUGAUAAUUCUGGUGAAUAUUAUGAAGUUUCACAGGAGGGUAUUGAGACAAAGCUAGAACCUGCAAACAUAAGUUUAGAAGAUUGUUUGGCUUGCAGUGGAUGCAUUACAUCAGCUGAAAGUAUUUUAAUAACAAUGCAAUCGCAAGAAGAAUUAUACAAUGUCUUGAAAAGCAAUAAGCAAGCAAAAAUGGAUGGGAAAUUGGAGAAAAUUAUCGUUGUCUCUAUUGCUCCUCAGUCUCGAGUCUCAAUUGCCACGAAAUAUGGUUUAACUCCAUUAAAGGCUGCAAAACGUCUAACUCAUUUUUUCAAGUCACUUGGUGUACAUUAUGUAUUCGACACAUCGUUUUCACAAGAUUUUUCAUUACUUGAAAGCGCUCGUGAAUUUGUCGAGAGAUACCGAAAAUUUCAUGAAAAUCGCGAAACCUCAUCGUUUCCAGAAAAUGGUUCAAUAAAAAACAAUCGAGUAAAGCGUGAAAAUACUUCUUCUAAAGAUACAACGCAACAUAAAAGUACAUCUUCAAAAGAUGCAACGCAACAUAAAAGUAUAUCUUCUAAAGAUGCAACGCAACAUAAAAAUUCGUGUGAUAUAUGUUUGCCAGUGUUAGCUUCAUCUUGUCCAGGAUGGAUAUGUUAUGCAGAAAAAACUCAUGAAUUUAUACUACCCUAUAUCAGUAAAGCUAAAUCUCCCCAACAAAUUAUGGGUUCAAUAGUUAAAGAUCAUUUAGCAAGUAAAUUAGGAGCCGAGCCAAAUAAUAUAUAUCAUGUUGGAAUCAUGAUGUGUUAUGACAAGAAAUUGGAGGCUUCUAGAUCUGAUUUUUUUAAUGAAGGAUGUCAAACUCGUGACGUUGACUGUGUAUUAACGACUGGUGAAGUAGUUAAAAUGUUUGAAGAACAAAAUUUUAAUAUUGAUGAAAGCCUCGAAAUGCCGUUUGACUCGUUUGUUAAAGCAAGUCAAGAAGGGCAGCUCUUACGAUCACCUGGUUCGGCAUCAGGUGGUUUUCUUGAAUUUAUACUUGAAUAUUCCGCACGUGAAUUAUUUGGAAUAACGGGGAUUGACGUUGAAAACGAACAAGGUGUUACCAUUAAGACUGGCAGGAACAAAGAUUUUAAAGAAAUCUCUCUUGAGGUUGAUGGUAAACCAUUGUUAAAAUUUGCUUCUGCAUAUGGGUUUCGAAAUAUACAAAAUCUUGUUCGAAAAAUUAAAAGUGGAAAUAGUCCCUAUCAUUAUAUUGAAGUUAUGGCUUGUCCAUCCGGUUGCAUAAACGGUGGUGGUCAAUUAAAACCAAGUGAAACUAUACCAAUCAAAGAUUGGAUUAGUAAAGUAAAUAAUAUGUAUCUAUCAGUUAAUUCCUUGUCUCCUGAAAAAAAUGAGGCUGUGCUAAACUUGUACAGUGAAUGGCUUGGAGGUAAGGAUAAUCCAAAAUGCAAAAAAAUGCUUUAUACACAAUAUCAUGCAGUAAAAACUAUAACUAAUCCAUUGGCUGUUAAAUG